AUGAGCAAAAGGCAAAUAGAGUCAGAUUCCGAUAUUGAUGUCAGCUCCACUGAUGAGUCAGAUACCGAGGUUAAUGAGCAGCAACAAAACGAAGAUGUCGAGAUGGAGGAUACUGUUAAUGUCGACUUUGAUUUCUUUGACUUGAAUCCAGAUGUUGAUUUCCAUGCAACGAAAAACUUUUUGCGUCAAUUGUUUGGAGAUGACCAUGCCCAAUUUGACAUUAGUGGAUUGGCUGACUUGAUCUUGACCAAAAACUCGGUCGGGACUUCUAUUAAGACCGAGGGUGAACAAAGUGACCCAUUUGCACUUCUCAGUGUGGUCAACAUCACCAACAACCGUACCAAUACAAGUAUUGAAAAACUCAUAGAUUAUUUGAUCAAAAAAACUUCUAAAAACAUGGAGCUUAAUUUGGUGUUGAAAAAGUUAUUAUCCACCAAGGCUGGCGAUGCAUCAUCUCCAGAGCCCAGAGUCGGCUUGAUAGUUAGUGAACGGUUCAUCAAUAUGCCAAUCGAAGUUAUACCACCAAUGUAUAAGAUGUUGCUCGAGGAGAUGCUGAAAGCCGAAAACAAAAGUGAGAGGUUCGACUUUGACCACUACAUCAUCAUUUCUAAAGUUUACCAAUUAGUGGAUGCAGUGGAAAAAGAUGACGAUGAGGAUCAUAGCAAUAACAAGGGUAAGAAGAGAAAGACCCCAGUUAACGAACCUAAACAGAUUGAGAUGGAUUACUUCCAUUUGGAGGACCCUAUAUUAGAAGAUAAUGCCGUUAGCAAAGGUAUUUUUGAAUAUGAUAACCAGAACAAGCAGGAAACUGACUCGCGAAGAGUGUUUACCGAUUACGGGAUCGAUCCAAAAUUGAGUGUUAUAGUUCUCAACAAGGAUAAAUUGGCCAAAUCAGUAGAAGAAAUGCAACAACAAUUCCCACCACCUAGCUAG